AUGAUAAAGCUCUGGACCCAAUCAUCUGCUGAAUGCUCAAGGGGCAACGGGCGGCUUGAGAAGAAUCAAAAUCUGAUCUGUCCUCCUCCGCCUGAAUCUUCGAUGGUCUACAGGAUCAGGACCCAUCCCCUUCCCACGGCUUACAGUACCCUGAGUCCUAGGCCCGCAUCAUCUCCCACUGUGCCUCGUCUGGAUCUCCACUUGCCCUUCCAUGGAGCAUCCAAUGCUGCUUCUUGCUUCCGUGCCUUUGCUGGCAUUGUGCGCUCCUCCAAGUCUGCCCUUCCUGGCUCAUCCACACCCCUGAAGGCUCAGCUUUUCACACCGUCCUCCACUCCAGCACUAGCUGGACUGGGACCUCACCGGACCAUGUCCUUGCCACUCCGUGUUGACUUCAUCAGCACCUGUACAUAUAAGAACUUUUUUCAAAUGCUAAUUUUGCUUUUAACAUACAGGAUCAUUUCCAACUUAUCAGGUCUGGUUGUUCCUUAG